AUGGGAAUUAAAGGACUUUCACAAGUUAUUGCGGAUAAUGCACCAACUGCAAUCAAAAUUAAUGAAAUCAAGGCAUUUUUUGGUCGAAAGGUCGCAAUUGAUGCAUCAAUGUGUCUUUACCAGUUUUUGAUUGCUGUUCGUCAGGAUGGAUCUCAAUUGCAAAGCGAAGAUGGUGAGACGACGAGUCAUUUGAUGGGAAUGUUUUAUCGUACCAUUCGAAUGAUUGAUAAUGGAAUUAAACCAGUCUAUGUUUUCGACGGAAAACCGCCAGAUAUGAAAAGUGGUGAGCUUGAAAAACGAACCGAACGACGUGCGGACGCUGAAAAGGCGUUGACGGAAGCGAAAGAAAAAGGCGAUUCCAAGGAAGUUGAGAAAUUCGAGCGGCGAUUGGUGAAAGUGACGAAGCAGCAAAAUGAGGAAGUUAAAAAAUUGCUCUCGCUUAUGGGGGUCCCUAUUGUCGAAGCUCCAUGUGAAGCUGAAGCUCAAUGUGCAAGACUUGUUAAAUCUGGAAAGGUUUAUGGUACUGCCACUGAAGAUAUGGAUGCUCUCACAUUUGGAUCAACUGUCCUUCUUCGUCAUAUGCUCUACUCCGAAGCAAAAAAAAUGCCAAUAAAGGAGAUCACUCUUUCCCGUGUUCUUGAAGAAAUGCACCUCAGUGAAGAUCAAUUCAUUGAUAUGUGUAUAUUGCUUGGAUGCGAUUAUUGUGGAACAAUUCGUGGAAUUGGACCAAAAAAAGCUGUCGAAUUAAUCAAGCAACAUCAUGACAUUGAAACAAUUUUGGAAAAUAUUGAUCAAACGAAAUAUCCCCCACCAGAAAAUUGGCCGUAUAAGCGUGCUCGUGAACUGUUCAAGGAACCUGAAGUAAUGAAUCCAGAUGAAAUUAAUUUGGUUUGGAAAGAGCCUGAUGUCGAAGGAGUUGUCGCAUUCAUGUGCGGAGAGAAGAACUUCAAUGAGGAACGUAUCCGAUCUGCGCUGACACGAAUGCAGAAAAGCCGAAAUGCUGGAACACAGGGUCGUAUUGAUUCGUUCUUCAACGUCUCCGGACAGGUGAAAUGCAUUACCGCCGCGAAACGAAAGGCAAUGGAGGAAGACAAGAAGGCGAAAGGCAAAAAGUCGGCUGGACCGCCAAAAAAACGUGCAAAAUAA